GUGUUUAAAUCCCAGUGGGCUCAGCUCAGGGCAAUCAGACUCAGCUCUACAGAACCACCAUGAAGUCCCUGAAUGUCCUUCUCUUUGUUGGGCUCCUCCUAUGCUGGACAGAACUGUCGGCUGCGUCUGGGAAGAGGCGAGUGAAGCCUGGGAUCUGCCCGCCAGAUUACGUAAGAUGCGUUCGGGCAGAACCUAAUGAGUGCGGCAUGGACUAUCACUGCAGAGAAAGACAAAAGUGCUGCUAUUCCCGUUGUGCCAGGCGGUGCGUAAACCCAAUACAAGUGAAACCUGGGAUGUGCCCACCGGAUGACACGGUAUGCGUUCUACAAGGACAGGAUGAGUGUAAGAGGGACUUUGAGUGCAGAGGAGAACAGAAGUGCUGUUAUAACGCUUGUGCCAUGCGCUGUAUAGACGUAGUACCAGUGAAACUUGGGACCUGCCCUCCAGAUUACAACAAAUGUAGAGUGCCAGAAAUGGACGAGUGUGACUUUGAUUUUGAUUGUGGGGACUACGAAAAGUGCUGUUUUUGCAACUGUGCCAUGCGCUGCAUGAAACCAGCAGAAGCAGUCUGGCUCAGCUAUGGGCAUUCAGACCUGGCACCCAACAGCACCAUGAAGUCAGCUGGUAUCUUCCUCCUUGUAGGGACCCUCACCCUCUGGAUGGCACAGCCGUCUUGGACUGGCAUGACCUUACCUGUGCAACAGAUCCUCCAAGUGGAACCUGGAACCUGCCCGGUUGUUGUUCUUAGGUGCAAGAUGCACAAUCCCCCCAACCGCUGCACAUCAGACAGCCAGUGUGCUGGGACAGACAAGUGCUGUGACACCGGCUGUGGGCUGGACUGUAUUCCAACUCAGGAAGUUACAGUGAAAGCUGGGACCUGUCCUUGGAUCAAGAAUAAGUGUCAGAUGAUAAAUCCUCCUAAUACAUGUAAAAAAGACGACGACUGCCCCAGCAUCAUGAAGUGUUGCAUGUCCAGCUGCGGGAAGCAGUGCAUGAAUCCCAACCCAAGUUCCUCAUCGGUGAAAUCUGGGACCUGCCCAGUGGUUCCUGUCAGGUGCAAGAUGCAUAAUCCUCCUAACCGUUGUGUAUCAGACAGCCAGUGUGCUGGAACAGACAAGUGCUGUGAGACCAUCUGUGGACGGAGCUGUGUUCCACCUCAGCAAGCCAAAUCUGGGACUUGCCCAGUGGUUACUGUCCGGUGUCUUAUGAUUAAUCCUCCCAACCUUUGUGAUCAUGACCAUCAAUGUGAGGGGCCAAAGAAAUGCUGUGAAACUGGCUGUGGGAGAAACUGCGUCAUGCCUCAGAGAGCUUGCUUCGGAAGUAAAUCAAGGCACCCCAGGAGCAGCAAUGACACCAGACCCCUGUAGCUGAACCUCAUGGAAUUUCCCCAGGUCCAAAGCAGGAAAUCACUUCACCUAACUCCAACUCUCCACCUAAACCAUUGGGGAAAAAAGUGGACUCUAGAUAUUUGAAUCGACACAGAGAGCAGAGAUGCAUGUCACUUAAAUGAGGUGAUGAAAACAAUGAUGCAAUCCACAGAACUUCACCCAAGAAGGGAUUUUUUAGUGAAGUUUCUUACAGGUUAGCCUGCAGUCCAGCGUGAAGAUGAUAUGCAGUUGAAGCAGAGGUACUGGAGCGAGGAAGGGAAGCAACACACCUCUUGGCUUGAAGUGGAUUCCAUUAUAUAUAAGGUUUUCAAUUUGGUUCAAUGGCUCUCAGCACCCCUAUUUACAAACUGUUCCAACACUCCCCCCCGUCAUCCAGUGUGACAAUCUACUUAUCUGUAUAAGGAGCAUCUUCCAUCUGCUCUGCAGAAGAGGUGGAGAGUCAUUGGUCAAAGAACAAGGAAUGGUACAUAUUGUAACCUCCCCACCUCCAAAAUUACAAUAAACCUGUUCCCCUUUUUUGACAAGAAUGUUUUAGUAUAAAAGUUCUUUACAAUCUAACACCAUCUGAAAGCUAUCACUGUGUUCAGCACAAUUCCAGCUCCAGGCCACUAACACCAGUGAUGGAGACGGUGUUUUUAGGCUCUUUUCACAUAUUUUUUGUACUAUCACUUGGUACGGCUCUGGGGAAAUUCCUUUACAGGUUCAGAUCCUGCCUAGACAGCAUAAAAAAACCCAGGAGAGUUUUGUCCUGUGUUAACCCUGAGAUUUUUUAUCCAUGAUGCUUUCGUCAGUGUUCCUGAGCAGAAACAGCGUGCCCUUGGCGUGGAUCUUAUUGACUGGGGCCACCCCUCCCUGUGCUGCUGCCCAAACUUGUUACUCAUGGGAUUUAAUUAGAACCACUUGGACACGUUCCAAAUAAAGAGUUGUCUUUCAA